CAGAUGGGUUAGUACAGUCCAGUAAGCUGUAUGGAAAGGCGAAAAAUCAUUAAACUCCAGAUAAUAACUUGAUGAAAUCUACAUCAUGGCAGGUAUAGUGGAGGAUUUGUGCAGUAAAAUAUGUGGCAUGCAAUGGCAAAACAUCAUAAAACUUCAGAUAAUAACCUAAAGAAAUCUAAAUCACGGGAGGUGUAUCAAGAUUGUAUAGUGGAGGAUUUGUGCAGUAAAAUAUGUGGCAUGCAAUGGCAAAACAUCAUAAAACUUCAGAUAAUAAUCUUAAGAGUUCUAAAUCACGGGAGGUGUAUUAAGAUUGCCUGCAAAGAGACUCGUCAACCAAGUGUUGAGGAAAAUACUAUAGUAAUCGUUGAAUGGGAAGAUUGCGGAACUCAAGACCGCCAACCGAUGACGGAAAAUAUUGAUAAUAUAUUCUAUAUUACACAUAAUAUUAUUGGUGAACAUCAGUAUCCAAUACAUACAAUUUAUUUUAUCGACAAAUUUAGACAUUUAAUAUUUUAGAAAUUAAAAUCAUUAAAACAGUAUAAUUAUUACAAAUGUAUAACCAACAUUUCAGUAGACACAAUAAAAAUAUAUGCAGUUGCAAUUGGCAGUUAAAGAUUGUUAUAGUAUUAUGUUAAGUACCUAUACAAAUUAAACGUUUUACAAUUAUAUCAGUCAUCCCUUAUAAUUUUUUUUUUUUGAAAAUUCAACAACAGUGUAUUAUUUUGUAACAUUUUUGACAAUUUCGAGGUUUUGAAGAAUUUUGUCAAAAUUUCAACUUUAGACGCUUAUUAAAAAAAAAUAGGUUUAUGGAUUGAGCCUUUAUUAUUCCUCAACUGCUAUUAUAACAACUUUUGAUAAACCUUGAAUUAAUUUUUCAAACUUUUAGAUCAUACGAUAAAAAUUUAUUGGCAUUCAGAGAACAAAAAUAAAAAUAUUCUCAAAUGUCUAUAAAUAACUGAAA